AUGGCAAGGUCUAAUAAAUGGAAAUAAUUCGUACCUCAAUAGCCACAAGAGUAAUAACCAAAUGAUGAUGUCAAACCAGCAGCAAACAAGAAAUUAAUGAAAUUUGCGGAUACAUAAGCAUAUUAAGUGUCAACACACGAUAAUAAUUAUAAAGAUGCAAUUGACAUUGAAAUAAGCGAAGAUUUUUUUACUACUUAACCUGUCUAUCUAGAAAUUAGUGUGAAGGAUUAGGCUAUCAAAUUCAUAAUUUAAGUCACUUAAGCAAAUGUCGUAAAAACUCAAAAUCAGAGGAUUAGUGUAUUGAAGACCAUUACUGAUUUAUAUAAAGUAGAUUACGAUGUAAAUAUGCGAUUUUAAGCAUAUUUUAGAAUCGUGAAUGAAUAAGAAAAGACUUAUCAAUUGUCUUUUGUUGAGAUAUUGGUAAAGGAGCAUUUUCUAUCUAGGAGAGAUAUGGUGUAAAUCAAUUAAAAGUUGCUCAAAACUACUUGUUACACCAAAAAGAAUGUCAUCAUCCAAUACGCAGGGGAUUUUCUUAAAGCUUCGAUCUAAAUAUCUCAGCUGAUGAUGAGAGACAUUAAUAAUUAAGAAUAUGCAUACACAGGAAUAAUCACUGAGGAAACCAAUAUUGUGUAUAGAAGUUUGGAAUCCAAGAUGGCAAUCCUGAUCGAAUUAUCCUAAGAAACAUUCAAAGAUGAUGCAAUAGGAGAGAUUGCCUUAGAAAGCAUGCAGAAAUUCUUAAAAGUCUACUAUUUACGUAAUCAAUCACUAAUGACUAAUCAUAAAUUGGAAAUUAUAAUCUAUGCAAGGAUAUACUUCCCUGAAAUUAAGACUGUGGAUGAGUUGUAUAAUUAAUUGAUAAACAAUUCCAAUCAAGAGUAAACCUACCCACCUCAUGCCUAAUUGGAUCAAUUUGGGAAUGUGUGUAUAGACAUCUACAAGAAGGUUCCAGAGAAAAAGCCUUUAAGAUAAUUCGACUAGUUGGCUUAGACUGUAAUUCAAACAAUCCAGGAAUUGACUGCUUGGAUCAAUGUGAAAACCAUUAAUAAUUAUCAUUCUCUUUUUGUAAAAGAUUAUCUGAAGAAGAAACCAGAAUUCAAGUAGGUGUAAUCAAUCAAAGGAGAAUUGAGCAGUUCCAAGUACUCCAACCUAUUGGAAGCAAUUACUCUAGUAACCUAGAACUUUAGACUAGAUCAUACAACUAGAUCUUUAAAGAAUUCUGGUCACUUCUUGUUGAUUCUGUCUCCUGGUAAUGGGUAUUACUUUGGAGAUUUGAAAACCUAUAAAAUUGCAAAGAAGAAUGCUCUGAAUAAUAAUAUAGUAUGCAUGUUGAAUUGUUUUGGACGUAUUCCCAAUAUUACAGGUCCAAUCUUCUAUUUGAGAGAACACAAUCUACCAAUAGAACGUGAUCCAAUUCCUUCCUUAACUUAAAUUCAAUAAAAAUAUUUUUAGAAUACCAGUACUCAUCUAAAUUAGGAAAAAUGCUAAUAUAACUAUUAGGAUAGGAAUAAAAUAAUAUAAGCAAAUGAUGAUACUGAAGUGUAAUCAUGUCUGAGACAUGCAUAUUGGAUUCAAAUAAUUAAAUACAAUGAUGAAUUUCUCAGGUCCUUUUUUAUGCUAUACGAUAGACAGAAUCAAAAUGAUCUCCUUCCCUUUUGUUUUAAAAAGCAGAAAUACAUCUCAUUUUCUUAAGUGGAUUUCACCUUAUUGAGUUAUUAAGAACAAAAAUAAAAAUUAAAUCAAUUGGAAGAUCUCCAAAAAUUCGAUGAAAUAUUAAAGAAUUCUAUAAAGGAUCCAAAAUAAACAGAUCAUCAAUUAAAAUAAUAAUAGAUGGGUUCUAUGUUAAUAGAAGAAGCUCCUAAUCCUUAUAAUCCUACAGUGGAUUCUGGGUAGUAAGUGAAUAUAUUUGCAACGACAUACUAUGAGAAGAAACCAGAGCAAUAGGAGUAACCAUUAACAGAGAAGAAAAUAGUUAAGAACAACCAGAAGAAGAAGAUCAAGUCUCACAAUAGAAUAAAGUGGAAAUUAUAUUAGUGGGGGUGGAAAUCCCAUUAAUUUAUAUUUUAGAUGAAGGAUUCUUAUCAUAAAUUAUUUAAGAAUUAUUUGUUGAAUCACAUCAAAGAAGUUGAAUAGAACUUAUUCUAAAUGGAGUAGAAUUGGAAGAAUAUCUGCUACGUUCCACUAUGUCCCUUGAAGUCAGUGAUGGUCUAUGAAGAAUAGAAGUAGUAUAAGACAAGUGGUGAACAACAAGUAGUAGAUAAUAUUGGAAUCAAAGAAUUUGAGGAUUAAGUAAUGGGGAUUCUGUUGUCUGAGAAUUAUUAAUAUGUGUAACCUGGAGAACAAACUGAAGAUGAAUAUGGAAGUAAGUUAUAGUGUUAUAAGAAUCAAUAAAAGAGUUACCCCAUGAAAUUCAUUAAGGGUGGACACAUCAUAACUCUGUAUUACGAACUGUAGAAUUACAAAAUCGAAGAAUACAAUAAGAAUAAUUUGAAGGCAGAAACAAAGAAGCAUCGCUACAUUUCCAUCCAAAAUGACUCUGCAAUCAUCCCCUAAUUAUACCGAUAUAAUCUGCAUGGGAAUAAUUCUAUCACAUGCAGAGAGAUCUUGUUUUCCGAAGGGAUAGACACUCACAUUAAAGGAUUGAUUCGUAUCUUCAGUGAUUUGGAAUGGACUUCUAAAUAUACCGAGGAAAACAUUAGCUUCAUGAGACCCAAGAAAAUAGGGCUUGCCUUUAUUCCAAAUGAAUCCUUACAGGCAGAUAAGAAAUUGAGACAAUAAUAAUAUGAGAAAUGGAAAGAUAACUUCAAUAAAUUCAUGGAGAAAUUGAAAUAACAACUUAGAUGUUUCAAUUCUGAUGCCAUUCGAAUACAACAUGUUUCUAAGUAUAAAGAUAUGUAAAAGGAUCGAUUUCAUCAACUCAAUUUAAAGUACACAACCAGUCUGCCAGAAUAUAAGUCAUAAUUACACAAUGAGAAAUAUGAAUAAUUAUGUAUCACUUCUCAAGCCAAUUACUGUCCAAAAUGUAUAUACAAUAUCAAUCUAUUGUGGAUCUCAAGCACUGCCUUACCAAUCAUCAAAGUGAUUGAAAUUAUGGAAAUAUGUUCCAAUGGAUUCAAAUAAGUUCAAAUACCUGGAAAUAUCGAUAGUAUAUUCUAAUAACAUCUUCCUUUUGAGAGCAUUUACAAAUUCAAGAUAUCAACAAAGGAAAAGAUGAAAUCCGUAAAAAAGUAAGUAAGAUACCCCCCAUACGAUUGCUUUUAUGAUAGAUAUGACGUCCUGGAUGGUAAUUAAUUAUUAGUACAUUCUAAAGGGUUGUUUUUCUUAAAGUUUGAUUUUAAAAACCUGGAAGUUUUGUUUAAGGAAAAUUUGUUAUAAAGUGAAGAGACCACAAAUUAAAGGGCCAUUUAAUAAAUAUUCAUGAAAUUGAAAUAAUUAAUUAAUGAAGAGAAUGAUAAAUUAAAAAUGUGA